AUGAUAAAGACCAUUUUCAGUGCUCAUAAAGGAUAUUAUAUACCAGAUCUUGAAAAAGAAUCCCCACAUGAGGCUAUAGAGCUUGGAGGGCAUCUUGCAUCGAAUGGAUUUGACACAUUAGAUUGGAAUAAGCGUUCUGAUGAUUAUGGUGGAGAAGACUACGAUGAUGGUUCUGACAGCGUUGAAGACAGUCAGGCAGCUAGGGACUUGAUAUUCAAGGAGUCUGGAUAUCAUCACCCAAAUGGGUUUGUGGAAUCUCUUCUUACUACUACUACUACCCACGUUAGUCAGAAAUCGCUAGAAAGCGAGAGUGAGGAUGAUGGUAUGAAGACUAAGAAAAGCAUGACAAAGUCGGAGCGUAAAGAACUGAAAAAGAAACAGAAAGAGGAAAAAAAAAAGAGGAAGAAACUAGAGAAACAGGAAAAGCUGCGUCACCAUCAUAAGUCAUCAGAAGAUUAUUCCAUGGAUGGAUACAAGUUGGACAAAAUUAGAAUAUUGAAUGGACUAUUCACUCAGGCUUGUAAGAUGAUGGAUGGACCUAGAGCUCUCAAGUUUGAGGAUAUAGUCCUCUCCCAAGGCGAUUUGAGUACAUUGCUUGAGGAUGCAUGGUUGAACGAUAACAUUAUAGGGUUCAUUUACGAGUACCUCACGGCUUCGCAGACGCGUACCACACUGAAACGUCGUGUCAAAUAUAUGGGAGAAGACAAGGCGAAUAGUUCUGUCGUUCUGCUACUUCCUACCUUCUCGUUUCUAUUGGCUAACGACCCCUCACCGGAACAGCUUAAAGACGUACUGCCCAAUAUGGACGGGGCAUCGUUCAUAUUUAUGCCGGUCAAUGAUAGCAUUGAUUUUGAUCUUGGAGAAGGCGGAUCACACUGGUCUCUUGUUCUUUUCUCUCUGAAGGAUCGUAAAGCAUUUGUUUAUGAUUCUAUGUUUAGAGCCAAUGAAACCGAGUCUCUGCAGUUGAUCAAAAAUACCGAGACGUUACUUGACACUAGUUUUGAGGUAAUUUUUGAUGAGUAUUCGCCUCAACAAAUAAAUGGCUCUGAUUGUGGCCCUUUAACUUGUGCCAUGACUGCGCUUCUAUUGGAUAGAGUUAUCAACGUCAACGAUAACACCUUUAUCAGUUUAAGCAUGAAAAAUGUGCUUCUCAGUGCUAUAGACGCUAGAAUAUUCAUGUUGGGUACAAUCACUAAUCUUAUGAAGAAGCAGAAGGAGAUUACCACUUGA